ACAACGAUUAUGACUUACUGUGUGAAAGAUGCUGGGGAAACAAUUCGGCUUAUGACGUCUAAUAAGUUUAGUUUUUUAGCUAAGAAGCUUUAGUGGGAAGCCUUGUACGUCUGAGAUUAGCCCCAUGCCGAGAGCGACAAUGAGAACGAUGUCCAAAUCGGGCUUUUCCAGUCCAAGACCACAGCCACAAUUCUUCCCAGUGCUUCAGACAUUCUCAACCAAAAAGGACAGAGGCACUCCUGUGCAUGCCCCACCACCAAGACCUCCAGUGAAGAGCUGUCCACCCAUCAGCCGGAUAUUUCCACAUACAAUUGUCAACAGAGCUCAAGUUGUCUCCUUUAGGGAGCAUUUAGACAGCUCCUGUCUCAGUACACAUUAUGAUGAAAACAGCAAAGACUUGUACUUCCAUCAGUGUUUUGAGAUUGUCAGCAAGAUAGGGGCUGGAUCAUUUGGUGAUGCGUACAAAGUGCGGAGCAGGGAGGAUGGAAAGUAUUACGCUGUAAAGAGAUCACGUGAGAGAUUCCGAGGAGAAUCGGAUCGAAAGAGGAAGCUGGAGGAAGUCGCUAAGCACGAGACACUACCCCCACAUCCUAACUGUGUGAGGUUUUUCAAGGCGUGGGAGGAAAGACAACACUUGUAUAUACAGACAGAACUUUGUCUUACCAGCUUGAAUACCUUUGCGGAAAACCAACAUGACAUCACAGAAAUAGUUCUUUGGAACUAUUUAGUUGAUUUAUUAAUGGCUUUGAAACACCUCCACGAUCACAACCUUAUUCAUAUGGACAUCAAACCAGAGAAUAUUUUUAUCUCUAAAGAGGGCAUCUGUAAACUUGGGGAUUUUGGACUUGUGAUCGAUCUUAGCAAGGUGAGUGACUUGUCAGAAGCUCAGGAAGGUGACCCCAAAUACCUGGCACCAGAACUAAUGGAGGGACAAUUUUCCAAACCUGCAGACAUAUUCAGCUUGGGCAUGACGAUUUUAGAGUUGGCCAGUGACUUGGACCUGCCUAGAGGAGGGGAAGGCUGGCAUCAGUUACGGAAGGGACGAAUUCCAGAAGAAUUUCUUCAUGCUCGUUCAUUUGAUCUGAAGUAUGUGAUCAAGCAGAUGCUGGACGCUGAUCCUCGCACAAGGCCUACAGUGGAUCAGCUGCUGGCAUUUCCUUGCAUCAGGAAGGUCAUGAAGAGAAGGCAAAGAGAGUACAUGUUCAAAAGUGCUAUAUCCACAGUCAGUCUGCUGCUUGGACGCAUUCUACAGUUCCUGCUGAUGUUGCUGAUGGCAGUGCUGUACCCUAUACGACGCUUCAAACCCCACACAUCCUCCUUGUCCUCACUGGGGUCCCUGGGGUCCAGAAGCAGCAUUCGCUCCAUCUCCUCUAGCCAGCCAUUCGACUCCAGUAUCUCAGAUGACGACUGUUUUGAGGCUGAUGUGAGUGUGACUAACAACUCUCUGGGUGCUCCACUGGACUCCUCAUCUAGUGAUACAGAUCUCUAUCACAUGGGAGGGGAGACUGCCAUUCUGGCUAAGGUGCCAUUACGCAAUGCCUUCACGUCUCCCUUAACCAGAACCAGGUCUGCCAGAGUUCCCUCCCCUAUGAGCUCCUCGCCAGUGGUGCCUUCAAGGAUGAAGAGUUUCACCCCUUUACGUCUCAGUCCAAACUCCAGUUUAACAAGCAGUCCUGAGUUGGAGAGGCCAGUCACCCCAACGUAUAACAUGAUGGGUGGAGGUGAAAUGGAUGAGCUUAUAAAACCCACAAUAGAACCAAAAAAUCUUCUUGAGAUGUUUGAAGCAGCCAGCGAUGAAGAUUGAAGAACAUCUGUGGGGAGAUGGUCAGCAUUUAGAGGUUGCAUCCCUACUGAAAGGAGGCUAGAUUCAGCAGACAUGGCAGACAGCCUUUGACGUUAAUAGGCAUCCACGUGGAUGUGACAUAAUGCUGAGAGCAAUGAGGGCUGUUCAGGAAAUCAGUGAAAAGAGUCUCGGAACUUUUCCCUGUGAUGUCUGCUGUGCCAGUCUGUGCCUUAGGAAUUUUGGUGCUUUCUAUUAAGACAGUGUGUCUUUUCUUCACUGUUUUAAUCAUGCAUUUGACAUUUUUUUUUUGUGCUACAGCGUACAUAUUUGUUACAUAUGAUAUUUUUUUAUGCUUCACUUUUAUACAUCCAAAUAAUGAACCAAAAAAUACCGUUGUCAAAUGGUUACUUUACUUCAUUAAGUCGUUUCUUUCAGAACAUAUAUGUUGUGGUCGCUAGUGUUUUGAAGUGGUAACCUUUUGGGUUCAGUUGUUGGCUGUCGGGUGAAUUCUGAACAUUCACUUGUUAGCAUUUAGCUUUGUUUAAUAGACAGAUGUAGAUAUUUGCUGCCGUAUUUCCAUAUUUACCUGCCUUAUUCAUUGUGUGAUACUUGAAGUGCCAGAUCACAUCCCAGAUUGCCACAUGAUAUUUCCUGUGAUGACUGAGGGCAGCAUAUAUCGUACAUUUAUCUGUGACACAGUUUGGGUUAUCACAUUUUGAGCAGUUCUUCAUUCCACUAGGCAUUGAAGGGUUGUGACUUUGAAUUUCUUACUUAAAAGAAUGAGUUAUGCCACUGGGAUCAGUUAUUGGAGAUGUUAUUCUAGAUUCAGCCUCUGUUUGCACAGGUAUGUGCUUAAGCAUUCAAUACUAGAAUUAAUUUGUGUAUAAUAUUUAAUGAUGCUUUUCCAUGACUGUGAUCACAUUUUCAAUUUAACAUGAUUUUGAGCUAGAUCAUGAAUUUUUCAAGCACAGGGAGAAGCUGGUAGGGUAAUUAAUUUACAACUUCACUGUACAUUACAGUUCAACUUUAUCCCAACUGCGCAGGAUGAAGGAUGAAGUCCACACCUUGAAAGUUAGUAGUAUGAAGUAUGGUAUUUAGGCUCGUUUGAAUAAUACAGUAGUUGUUUUCUUUCCCGAACAUUCCAGGUACCUUUGCCUAUAAUGGACCAUUCAGUGAUUGUCGGUAAACGAAAAGUAAAUUAAAUGUAAUACACUUUAUGGACGACAUGAUGUUGGGGGAGUUUUCUCUGUUCAAUCUUGUAUACCCGUUAAAAUGUAUCACUUAUCAGAAAACUGAUUGACAUCUUCAUGUAUUAGGAUUGAACUGUUAGAAUCUCGUUACACACUGUACACAUAUACAUGUUAGUCAGGUCGUAUGUACAAAUGUAAAUAUUAAUCCCCGUCUCACUGCCAUUGAUGCACGAGUUGUUCGCAGAUGUUACUGAUAAAG